AUGGAUCUUACGCCUGCGGUGCUGGCGGCGGUGCAGGAGUUCCAGUCGCCGCCCAGCGCAGAGCGAGAGGCGCAGACACAGCAGCUACAGCAGGAGCUCCUGCAGAUCUGCCAGAGCUGCUCGCAGAACCUCAGCCUCCCUCCUGGAGAGCUGCGCCGCGUUGGCGCGUACCAGCUCGGGGUGCAAAAAGAGGACUCCGAGCUGGACCUGAUCUAUGUGGUGGUGCCAGAAGGUGCUCUCUCUCAGCUUCUGACAGCCGUCGAGCAGCAUCUUCGACAGGUUUUGCAGCUUAGACUUGAGGGCACAGACUCCAGCCUAUGCUUCGAGCUCAAGGGCCAAGCCGUACGGCUGCUGCUGGCGCAGGACCUUCAGGGAGAAGUGGCGCUGUCCAUGGCGAGUUUGGGGGAACAGGAGCCGCAAACGGACGCGGCGCAGUCCAUGGCCGCGCUGCAGGCUGAGAAGGCGGGGCAGCAGAUCCUGGCGUCCGUGCCCAACGUCGAGGACUUCCGCACGCUGCUGCGGGUGGUGCGGCACUGGGCCCAGCAGCGGGGGCUUUACGGGAGCCUCUUCGGCUUCUUCAGCGGCUCCGCCUGGGCGGUGUGCUGCGCGCGGGUCUGCCAGGCGCAUCCUGGACAGGAAGUUGGACUGCUGCUGUGCCACUUCUUCCAGGACUUGUGCCGCUGGGACUGGUCGAAGCCUGUCUCGGUGUUGCCCACAGAGACCGCUGGGCGUCUGUCGGUGAUGCUGGGGGCCGGCGGCCGCGUCAGCGAGUCGGCCAUGCGGGCGCUGCAGAAAGAGCUGCGGCGGGGCCUGAAGGAGGUCAAGGAGCAACGUAUCACCGAACUCCUGGCUCAGCACAACUUCUUCCGGCGCUACCGCCAAUACAUCCGCCUGGACUUCAUUGGCACAACUGAGGAGAUCUCGCAGCGGUGGUGGGCCUGGGGCCAUCAGCAGCUGCCGGAGCUGGUGCUACUUCUGGAGUCCAUGAUGGAUGGCAAGGCCACCGUGGGCCGGUUUUUGGGCUCGGCCGUGAGCCAAGCACUGGAACCCUGGGAGGUGACGCUGCGGCCAUGGCCGCAGUGGUUGCCCUUCAAGGACGAGAAGUGGCCCCAUGCCAAGGCCCAGUCUUCCUGA